AUGUCAUCGCUGGGUAUCUCUCCUUUUUUGGACUUCACCGGUCUAUUGAUGUUCGUUGAGAAAUUCUCUAUUUACUUGGUCAUCGGUGCCACGUUUUAUUUUUCACGUACUACUAAGCAAGACAUCGACGCCAAGCAUAAUUCCGACCUUUCUACACGUGAUACCAUGUUUAAUGAAAUUCUUGCUAAUCGUGAUGCCCGACUUACCACCGAACUUGCCGAUCGGGAUGCCAGAUUCGUAACUGAACUCACCGAUUACCGUGCCAAAUUUAACGCUGAACUUACCUCGCGUGACGAAAAAUUUACAGCAGAGGUCCAAAGAAUCUUUACAAUGCUUAAUACUUCUGCUGCAAAAUUCGGUGAAAUCGAACAAGUCCUUCAAACCUACCAUAAUAAUUUUGGUAGAGUCGCAACCGAAUUCGAAUCAAUCAAUGGGGGUAUCUCAACGCUCCAAAACGAAAUCAAUCGAUAUUAUGCCGUUGUCCAAGCACGAAGCGUCGUUUCUCCAGAGAUAAGAAUUGAGCCUAUCGAGGAAGUAGAACUUCAAGAUAAUAACUCAUCCUCAUCCGACCAAUAA